CCGUGUGAGCAUUGGAGUAUCGCCGCGACGUCGGAAACAAUGUCGGGUCGUUCGAGCGCUGCGAGUUCCGCCUCGGCAACGGGACGCGGAGGAGGAUCUGCGGGACGGGGUCGCGGCAAUACCAAGGGACGCGGCAAGACAGGAGGGCGAGGUCCCAAGCCCAAGGCCAAUGCUUCCGUAUCGAAGGAAACAGGAGCAUCCACUCCGAGCUUACAAACCGACAGCAGCGGCAACGCAAACAAAGCGCUUCCAACGAAGGAUCGUGGUGGCUCCGGAAGAGAAAACAGGACGAAACCAAAUCCUGUCGGGUCCAAAACGCAGGGGAACCAGAAACGUAACACACCCAAUCCACCCACUCUAUCGCCCAAGGAUCAGCAGCGCCAUCAAGAAAUAGAAAAACACGCACAGGAAGUGGCUGCCGAAAAAGCGCGGGCUGUAGCGUUGGCUAGAGCCCAAGCUGCGGCAAUCAAAGUCCGGGAACAGAAGCAGGCCGAUGUGGAUCAGAAGGUUCGGGAGGCGCGGGAUCUGUUACAGAACGUGAUCAAUGCCACUCACGCGCAUCAAAGGACACGGGCGGACAUGGAGCCGGAAACCCUGCAGGCUUUUCGCAAAACGUUUCAGGCCAACAAGAAGAAUCUAAAAACAGAUUUGAAAAAGUGUACCACCUUUGUGAAAAAGGUCAAGAGCGGUGUCGCGUGGUCUAUGAAACCAGAGGAUAUUGUGAAGGACGUGUCAACGCUCAAUUUAAGUCGCUACGUGGAAGAAGUAGCCAACGGGAUCUUGGAAAGCUCUACUAAACCCAAGGUGUCUGAGUUGCCAAGCGUGCUGUCCCUUGUCACCACAAUGCACCAACGGUACGAAGAUUUCUUAUCGAUGCUGGUACCGGCCUUGUGGAAAGUGGUGAACGCCAAACCAACACCCGCUAUGGCGAAGCUCCGACGCUUGUACGUCCGAAUCUUGACGGAGUUGGUCCUCAACGGAAUCGUGACGGAAACCAAACCUCUGAUUGCAUGUGUCACCGACGCGAGUGGAGCGAACGCGUCACAAGGAACGAACUGCUCCGUGCAAGACGCCAAUCUGAUGGUAGCCUUUAGCAAGGCGGCCGGCUUUGAGUUGUUAGAUAUUGUCCCCACCUCGGUCCAUUCCGCGAUCAAGCUGAUUGGAAAUUACAAUGAGACGGAAGCCUGUACCCCAGACGGUGCGGAUGCUAUCUUUCCUUCCCAGGAUGUGAUAAAGCAAGCCUAUCCUGUCGUUGAACAAAUUCCGUCGGUUUUGACAGAAAGAGCCGUGGCUGCACAAGUUUCCGAAGUGUUGGUCACCCACUGUCGGGCUGCCUACCAUGCCUUGUCCACCAAUCUGACACAAACCCACCGUAAACUGCUGCAGUUGGAGAAACGCUGCGAGCAAGACCGCCUCUUGUCGGGGUCCUUGACAGAAGCCCGAGAAAAGGGAUUAGUGGAUGCCCGUAAACUGCAAGAAUCGUUGCAGAAGGCGGUGGAUGCUCUGGCGGACGUCUUGGACGAAAGGUUGCCUAUUUUGCAGCAGCAAGAAGAAGACGGUGAUGCAGACGGUAGUGGUGGACUAGAAGUGUGGACAAAAGGAACUGACGGGGAAGAAGACUUGGGCCCGUUCGACGACGAAGAAAUGCGAACUUUUUAUUGUGACGUGCCAGAUCUGCUCACCACCACUCCACCUGCUUUGCUCGGUCUGGCACCAGAAGCUAUAGAGUCGCGGAAAUUAGACAACCAAAGAAAAUAUGGCGCCGAAGGAGAAGUUGUCGACGAAGGUGACGACGGCACCGAAUUACCGCUAGGCUCGCAAGAAGAAUUCGAAAAUGAAGAGGACGAGGAACUGAAGGACGAGGAAGACCCAGAGAUCGAGGAGCAAAAGGAUACACCGCACUAUCGCUUAAUGGUUCUUCUUGAGGAAGAACUACCAGAAUGCCAUCGUCGUGAGCAGCUCGACGAGUUAACAGAGAAGUUUUGCACCAACCACGGGUCUAGCAAAAACUCGAGGAAACGUUUGUCUCGAACACUUUUCUUGGUACCUCGCUCUCGGCUGGAUCUUUUGCCCUACUACUCACGCAUGGCAGCUACCGUUGAUCGCGUUUGGACGGAUAUUGCAUCACCUUUGGUGGCGGAUUUGGAACAUCAAUUCCAUGGUCAAGCAAAAUUCAAAAAAAACCAAAACAUCGAAUCACGUAUGAAAACAGCUCGCUAUAUCGGGGAGCUAACCAAAUUCCGAGUUGCACCUCCCAUAGUAUUCCUACGAUGCCUUAAACGUUGCUUGGAGGACUUUACGGGAAAUAAUGUGGACGUUACGUGCUGUCUGCUGGAAUCAUGCGGACGAUUUCUCUUCCGUCUCAAGCACACGAGCGGACGUAUUGCGACGCUUAUGGAAACAAUUACUCGCCUGAGUAAAGCCAAGAACCUGGAUGAGCGCCAUCAGUCUUUGAUUCAAGCUGCGUUUUAUGCUGUCAAGCCUCCACCGAGCGGUCCCCGGAAGCAGCAAAAGGAAUAUCCCCCAUUGGAAGCGUACGUCAGAUAUUUGCUAAUGGUUCGUUUGGAACCUACAGACACGUCUGUUUCUUUUACCGCGAAGGAGCUCAUUCGACUACCGUGGAGCGAUCCAGAACAGCAGUGUGGUGCACUUGUUUGUCGCAUCAUGCUGAAGGCUUGUAGAAAAGGCCGAUACCGAACAAUAUACGCGAUUGCGGCCGUGGCGGAUCGACUACGACCUCAACGAUCAGCUUGUGAAGCCCCGGUUCGACUGGUAGACGCGCUACUCGAGGAACUGCGAUGGGCUUUGGAACAUCCAGAUUUUCGAGAUCAACAACGUACAAUCACGUAUGCUCGUCUUUUAGGGGAACUGUAUUGCUCGUCACAAGUAACGGGGCAGCUUGUCAUAAACCAACUCUACGAUUUCAUCAACAUCGGUCACGAGAUUCCGAAUGCUUUGCGAGAAGCGAGUCAAAAGCUGGCGGCAUCUCAAGGAGAGGAGAGUGGGGAACAGCUCCCAUUAUUCACCUCAAUGACAGGAGUCUCCCAAACCAUUAAGGAGGAUGAGGAAAUGGAGGAUGACAACCUCGAUGCCGCCGAACAGGCUCCUGCUCCGCCGACACCGGUGGCAGUUUCGCAGCAUUCAAAAUACGACCCACGCGUGCCGUCGUUAGAGGAUCCCCCAAAUGCUUCUUAUCGUGUGAAGCUUGUUUGUACGGUGCUUGAAGUAGUCGCGAAGUCUAUAAUGUCGAGAAGCGUUCUGCCCCGUAUGAGAGGUUUUCUGGCAGCUUUUCAGAGAUACCUUUUCACAAAGACUACGCUCCCAACAGACGUGGAGUUCUCUUUACUAGAUACUUUUGACAUCCUUGACUCUCAAUGGAAACGUUUUACCAGGACGAGUCGAGACAAAGAACUGGAGGAAGGAUCGGAAAGCGGCUUUCCACGAUAUUCCAGUUGGCUGGAUGCACACAAUGUGACCGUGGCGUUCGAAGAAUCGGACGCACUCCUCGAGCUCCAAAAGCGCAACCAUGUUGAAACCUUGGCGGACGAAUCGAAAACACUUGGUGAUCUUCAUGUGAGCAUGGAUGCACAUUCCCUGAAUGACGAUUCAGCAUCGCUGUUGGAAGAUGAAGAGGACGAUGCUUCCCUAUCUGUUAGUGCCAAAGGUAGCGUUGCGGAAGACACGAACGAUGAUGAAACCGAGUCAGGAGACAGUGAUGAAGACUACGAAGGUGUGACCGAAGACGAUAUCGAUAGCGAAUCAGGUGGCAAUUCCGAAGAAGAAGAAGAAGAGUUUGACGAAGAAGCUUAUAUGCGUCAGCUGGAAGAGGAAGCCUUUGAACGAGAGCUCCGACGAGUGACCAUUGAAGCCUUGGAGAAGGGCAAGAACACUUCGCGCAAGUUGGUUGCUGAAAACAUGGUUUCGGGAUCACAGACUUUCAAAAAGAAACCAACAGACCUGUCCAAGCCGGUUGGCGCCAGCUCCGCGGUGGCUCCGACCUUUGGACUUGCCGGUACUCCCGGCAUCACGUUUCAAUUGUUGAAAAAGGGAAACAAAGGAAAAGUAGAGGCGAAAGAAAUUGUCGUGCCCUCGGAUACGAAUUUCGCCAAGGUUGCCUCCAAGCAAGACGACGCCGCGGCUAGGGAACGAAACUUUAUCAAGCAACGCGUGUUGCAGUACGAAGCCGACAGUGCCGAAGCGGAAUUGUCUGGGGGGAAUGUGUAUCUCGAACAAGAGAGGUUGCAGGUGAUUCGGAAUCGGCCUCUUUCUAUGGACGAUAUUGAUCGCAACUUUGGAACCAGAGGUGGUAAUACGCUUCAAUCGGGCAAGGACAAAGGCAGGACGGGUGCGGCUUCCGGUGACCGUCCGGGCACGAGUGUGAUAUUGGGCCAACGCGGUGGUGGACGAGGAGGCCCGGGUCGAGGCAGAGGCGGUCGCGGAAACACCAGCGGACGAACGCUCUUCCGAGGCUAAUAAAUAUUCUAUAAGAAAGUACCCGUGUUGAAU